ACAGUGAUUAUUUUUGGAUUUUCUUUAGGAGGGGGUGAAGAAUGGUCAAACGUUACCAGGGGCGCCAGUCAAUGGUUGAUAAACGUCUCUUCAGACUCUCUGCCUAGACUCUCUCUCUCUCUCUUUCUCUCCUUGCUUCCUUGUUGGGUCGUCGAAGGGUUUUGUGGAGCUCUUCGUGUUCAGAGCUUAAGGUUAUUUCUUGCUGUUUCUGUGUUUCCAUUCCUGCUUUUCUGGGUAGAGAAAUGGCAAGAUAUUGAACCACUCAUUAUGGAGGCCACGGAGCUUGGUGAAACCCAUAAACGACCUACAAAAAAUGUUGGUUCUGAAAACAGCAUUGAGCAGUCACCAUUGCAUCACCAAGCAAGAAAUGGAAGAGGCAUCAGGGCUCCUUCCCCUGCUUGGGAAGGAAAGGGUUCAUAUGAGGGUAGCCAUGGCACUCCUGGAAGGCCCCGAACAAGACUAAGUGCUAGUGGCAAUGAAAGUCCCGAUGAAGUUGCUGCUGUACCGAAAUUUGGAGAUUGGGAUGAGAAUAACCCUGCAUCAGCGGAUGGUUAUACUCAAAUUUUCAACAAGGUGCGGGAGGAAAGGCAAACAGCAAGGGUUCCAGGCAUGCAAGCUGAAUCAUCCCAUGACUACUCUCGUAGGCAAACUGCUAAUAACAAUAGCGCCAAAAGUUGCAGUUGCUGUUUCCCAUGGGGCAGAAAAUGAGUUCCGCGGAUGAUAUUCCUGGAAUUUGUAAAUACAUGGAGGGCUCUAUCGAAGGGAAGUGAUUUAUUUGAAGUGCAUUCGUCGUCUUUCUAUUCAGGAAUGCAAAGAUAUUAUUUUUAUUAGAUGGUUCUGUUUACUACUGUCAUUUCCUUCCUACUCUUGUUUACUCUGUUGUAUUAAUUUAAUACAGGAAUGCAAAGAUGUUCCCCAUCUUUGAUUAUAUGUUUCUGUUGGU